AUGGCAGCCACACUACGUUUGGAAGAGCCGCUGGAAAGGCCACCGAGCGUGCACCCCAGCACUCGCCCCAGCACUCGGGAGCGCGGCUCGGCGCGGCCGUUGACGGCGCAGAGCCGGGCACAGAGCCGAGGGCAGAGCCGUGGCGCGGGAACGGCCAAAGCCAAGACGCCGUACUCCAUCCCUGGCAACGUGGGCUACUAUCAGCGCGCAGAGGUGAAGGGCCGAGUGAGGCAGCCCAAGUUGGACACCGACAUGGCCAAGCUCAAGGAGCUUUUUGCCUACUGUGAGGCCAGCAACUAUCGAGGGGUACAUGCCAUGGUCUCUCACUAUCCCUACCUUUUGGGCUUGACGGACGCUCACGGCUUGUCGGCGCUACACCAUGCAGUGAUGUCUGGAGAGCCUGCCUUCGUCUCGAAGGUCUUGCAACUCUACAGAGAUCCCAAGACCUUCUCCUUGAAGACCCUGAUUUACAGCACCGAGGAGGAGCUCUUGAAGGAUUUGGAGCUUGGGGUGAAGGUGGCAGGUGGCAAGUCGACGGAGAUUAAGAUUAACGAGGCUGUGGCCCCUGGGAGCAAGGCGGAAAGCGCUGGGCUGAUGCCCGGCGAUCGCCUUGAGGCCUGUAGCGGUGCCGGCUUCCUGAGCUAUCGACAACCGCCGCCCUUGCACAAGAACAUCCUCGAAUCCUUGAGGAGCAAGUACGUCUCCUCGUCCUUCGGCUUCCCAGUGACCUUAGAAUUCCGCGGGAACGCGGCGGUGGAGAUCUUAGCCAAAGAUGGCUGGACCCCGACACACAGCGCAGCAGGACGCGGUGCUCACGGGGACAAAGAGAUCCUAUGGCUGCUGCUGAACGAGGAGGAAAAUGCCCGGAUGUCCAAAGACAUCGCAGGAUGCACACCUCAACACUGGGCUCAUAUCGAGCAGCGGAUGAGACGGCGUUCCAACCGCCGGCCCUUGAGCGUGGGGCCCUGUGGUUCGAAGCGCCUCGCGUCCGCCGGGCGGGUGAAGACCAGUGGAUGUUCGGACUCUGAACAUGGACCCAUUGGAAGCAGCAAGAGGAUCUUGGGCAUUUUGGGAGACGUGAGACUUGUGAGAGUUGGUCUCGUGGGGGACUGCUUGCCAGGAGGGUGGGCAAAUGCACAAGAGGAGGAGCUCCUCGAGUCCAUUGGCACCUCGUGCCCGGCCGUGGUGAGUCAAUAUGUGGAGAAACCCCUGCUGGUGGAAGGCAAGAAGGUGGACUUGCGCUUGUAUGUGCUCGUGACCUCCUUCGGCCAGGCGGGUCAGGCGGCGGAGGCGGGGACGUGCCAGGCGGCUCACCGGGUGAAAGCAAUGUUGCAUCAACGGCCCAUUGGGAGGGACACGAUCUCCAACUGGAAAGAACCAGAGAUCGAUCUUCGGCUAGGUUGA